UAGUCAUUUAAAUAAUACUGAACCUGUAAUACAAUUUAUCAAUUUUGACGAAUUUCUUGAUUUCUAUUCAGAACAACUGGAAGAAUUUACUAAAAAUAAGAAAAAUAAAGCAGAUGAUUUCCAGUUAAAUAUAACAUGUAUCAUUAGCUUUUUCUUAUUUGAUGGAUUAUCAAAGAAAACUUCUAAUCAAAUUGCAAAGUAA